UGUGGACACACUCCCCCCUAAGAUGUUAUGGUUGACUUGAUCAGGAUCAUCACUAUAUUGCGUUGAAUCUGAGUUUUGGGCAAGUGGAGGACGGAGAGAGCUAACCUGAUGAGCAUUGAGUACAUACCUUUUUCCAUGACGAAAAGGCACCAGCAUUUUUAGGAUUUCAACCGAAUAAAAGCGUAGUACGAUGAGAGACUAUGAAGAAGUUACAUCUUUUUUGGGCCAAUGGGGGCCUUUUCAAAGACUCAUGUAUAUCCUCCUGAGCCUCAGCAGCAUCCCCAAUGGAUACGUGGGAAUGGCCAUGGUUUUCCUGGCUGAUAUUCCUCCUCACCACUGCAGGCUUCCAUUCCUGAACAGCAGCUAUGGGGGACCGGGCUACAAUCUGUCCCUCCCGACCCAGGAGGUGAAAGGAGAGGUCAUCCUGAGUCGUUGCAGUCGCUACACAGAACGGGGGGCUUUGGAUGCUGAGUCUAUCCAAAGCACAGAGCGCUGUCUGGAUGGCUUUGUGUUCAGCAAGGAGAGAUAUGUGUCCACCAUUGUGACUGAGUGGAAUCUGGUGUGUGAGGACGCUUGGAAAGCCCCAUUUUCUGUCACUGUGUUCUUCUUUGGUGUGCUGACUGGGUCCUUUCUCUCAGGAAUCAUAUCUGACAGGUAUGGAAGGAAGUUCAUCUUCUUCGCCACCAUGGCAGUGCAGACUAUCUUCAGUGUGAUUCAGGCUGCCUCCAACAGCUGGGAGAUGUUCUCUGUUCUUUACUUUAUCGUUGGAAUGGGACAAAUAGCCAAUUACUGUGCAGCUUUCAUUCUAGGUUCUGAGCUUCUGAAUAAGUCAUGCAGAAUAAGCUUCGCUACUCUGGGUGUCAGCCUGUCGUACGCCUUCGGCUAUGUGUGUCUUCCGCUCUUUGCCUACUUCAUCCGGGACUGGAGAAGGCUUUUACUGGCCUUGUCUGUUCCAGGAUUCCUCUACAUACCUAUGUGGUGGUUUAUACCAGAGUCUCCUCGCUGGCUACUGUCUCAGGGUCGAGUAGAGGAGGCUGAGGCCAUCAUUAGCGCUGCUGCCAAGAAGAACGGCAUCACUCCUCCUGACGUCAUCUUCAAGAGAGACGACACCGCAGAGCUGAUGCAAAAGGAUUGCGAUGGUGGACAGAAUACCUACACAUGGCUUGACCUUCUCAGAACUUCAAAUAUAAGGAAUACCACACUGGUGAACCUGAUCAUGUGGAUAUCAGUGGGUUUGACCUACUAUGGGCUGUCCUUAAAUACUUCCAAUAUGGAAGGCGAUCCUUACCUGAACUGCCUCAUAGCAGCGGGCAGUGAGGUCCUUGGAUACAGCUGCAUAUUUCUGGCUGCAAGCUACCUUCCCCGUCGAGUCACACUGCCAUUUUGUCUCAUUGUCUGUGGGGUUGUGCUGUUAAUCAUCAAAUUUGUGCCUGAAGACCUCAACACCUUGACUACCACACUGGCGAUGGUUGGAAAGACCUGUAUUACAGGGGCCUAUGGCUUCCUCUACCUCUACUGCACGGAGCUGUUCCCCACUGUAGUGAGGAACAUGGGGCUGGGCGUCACCUCAAUGGCCUCUCGGUUUGGCAGCACAAUUGCUCCAUAUGUGGCUUACAUGGGAACUUAUGACAAGGUGUUACCCUACCUUCUUAUGAGUGGCAUCAGCAUAAUCACUGGAAUCUUAAGUAUAACGUUACCGGAAACGAAAGACGAUGAGCUCCCCGAGCUUAUUAGUCAAGUGAAACCCCUCCACUGCUUUUGCCAGAAGCAAAGACCAGUUAAACGGAAAAGCCAAGAGGAAAAUAUACAAGUUGGAAUUGGACUGGAAAAUUCACACGGCUAGCAGGUUGCUCAGAUUACAACCUUUUAACCAUUUGAAAAGAACCCUUUAAUUUGAGGAGCACUGUACCUUAGAAUCAGAACACAGCUCUAAGUCAGAGAAAGCAUUCAAAACAGUAGGUUUUCAGUAAAAGGUUAUUACCAAGUUAUUAGACCUAAAGGACUUGGAGCAUACUUUAUGAACAGUUAGACAGUGUAUAAUAAAUGUGUGCUUAUGUUUUGAAAGUUUGUCUUGUAGCAUUCAUAUUUUAACUUCCCUUUAAUUGGGCCAAAUGUAAUUGCAUUUGACAUACAGGAACAUCGUUUGGUUUAGGUUUGUAAUUAUCCUGUAAUUAUCUCAAAUUAGCUCCUGUUAAUGCACAAUAUAUGUAUGUAUAUUGUAAUUACACAGCACUUUGAAUAAGAUGUUAAUGCAAUUCAUGAAUAAACUGGACUGAG